GCGAGGGACGGGAUAAUGGCGGCAGCGCGCUCCCUCUCGCUCCUCCUCCUCCCCCUCGCGCCACCCGCGCCGGCGCUCUCCUCGAGGUCCGCUGCUCCUCGCCGCGCCUGGAAUGUCGGCGGAGGAGCCGCGGGGCGCUUGCGCCUCUCGACGAGGCUGCGCCCGGUCGCCGCCGCCUUCGAGGAGGUGGAGCAGACCCCGGAGAUGAUGAGGGUGGCUUCCGAUGACAGCACCAUCACAGCCACCGUAGUGUCCGCGCUGCUCACAAUCGCCUUCGUCGGACUCUCCCUCCUCACCAUCGGGGUCAUUUAUUUGGCGGUACAGGACUUCUUGCAGAAGAGGGAGAGCGAGAAGUUUGAGAGGGAGGAGGCUGAGAGGCAGAAAGAGGAGGCCAGGAAGAAGAGGGCCAAGGCCAAUAAAAGGAAAAGAAAUCGGCGAUGAAUGGCUCCUCUGUAAUCCCAAUAGAAAUCUACGGCAUUCACUCAACAGUGCUCCAUUUUUGCGCUGGUUUUGUGUCAUUCUGAAGAGCUGCAGCUUCUUUCUUGUGUCAGUUCUGUUCAUAUCUCUUUCUCGAGUUGCCUCGUCAACAAUGUUACUCCUGAAUGCAAAUACAGUAUGGUCACUUUGAGUUU